CGUUACCCCGGUAACGGGGCAGUGGGACGGAGUCAAUUUCAAUGGCGGCCGACGGUGGCGGCGGCGAGGGAGGGGCGACAGCCAUUUACCGGACUCAGGAUCCCGUUCAAAACCUCCGCAUCCGUAUAUGGCUUCAGCGGGUCACCCCAACGACACUCCUCACUCAACAUGUUUUGCAAACUGCUUCUAUUUCCAAGCAAAAUGCCAUUGAAAUGGCUACGUUCAACACCGUGACUUCAGAAGGCAUCACUGAUAGUUAUCGGACUGACGACCAAGAAGAAGUUGUAGUGGGUUGGCAAGAGAAGCUAUUCAGCCAGUUUGAAAUUGACCUGUUCAAGAAUGACUAUGCCUGCCAGAGUCCACUGGACUAUCAAUACCAAAAUGAGAUCCUGCGCUUGGAGGAAACUGGAGAGAGAAAGAAUUGCAGAAUCUUUACUUACACUGACUUUGACCGCUACACCAGCACUGAAGAGCACUGUAAGAUGGUGACUACAUCAGCAAUGGAGACUCCAUCUUACCUGACAGAGAGAAUGUCACAUGUUCGACGCAGGAGGCAGGAGCGCAGAAUUAUGGAAGGGAAGAUUCCAAGAUCUCGGAUCAUAACCUGGGAGCCGACUGAAGAGUUUGUAAGAAACAACCAUGUUCUGAAUACUCCAGUGCAAACCAUGUACAUCAUGGGAGAUCUGGGGCCUUAUGGAAAGCUGGGACACCGUGAGCAUGAGUAUAUAUUGUGUACCAUUAAGAUGGACGGCAAUGGAGUUCUCUCCAUCAAACCAGACUUCAAUGAUUCUAAAGCAGCCUACAGGAUUGAGACGGAGGGAGAGAGGAGGGAUCUGUGGUUAUACAUCAUUCAAAAUGUUUCUGCUGAUGCCCAACCUGAAGAGCAGAACAGAGAGAAAAACCUUCUCAAAGAUCUGUACAACAGACAUAAAGAAUAUCUCAGUACUUUGGUUGGAGAUGAAUUUGAAACUCCUCCUAUGGGUUUUCUUCAGGUGUUUGUGAAUGGUGAAGUUGUGUCAGCUCGUGGGUUUGAAUAUGACAACCUUUAUGUGCAAUUCUUCCUUGAACUUCCAGAGAAUUGGACCUGUCCUCCAACCCAGCAGUUGUCAGGAGUGACACAGACUUGUGCUACCAAGGUUGAUGACCUGGAGAAUGUGGCCUACUUUUCUUAUCCAUUCAACUUUGAAAUGUCUAUCAGAAGCGAAGAUCAGCCUGAGGGUUUGCUGCACUGGCCUAUGAUUUAUUUUGGGGUGUAUUCUUGUGACUUCUGGCAGAGGUACCGUAUUGAAGGCUAUGGUUACAUCAACAUUCCUGACAGUCCAGGUAGUUAUACAAAGACAUGCCAGACUUGGAGACCAAUCUUGCCUGGAACAUAUGCAGAAAUGCGAAGAUUCUUUGUUGGUGGUGCACUUGAGCUUGAAGAUAUGACUUACGUCCGUAUUCCAAGCACAUUUAAGGGAGAGAGACUGAGUCGAUUUGGUUUCAGAACUAAAACAACAGGAACAGUAACCUUCAAGUUUUAUUGCAUGCAGCAGUGCAGGACUUUUCUGGAUUCAACCAUGGCAAAAAAAAGAUCGCAGAAUGUCCUGGAUCGCAUGGGAAGACUUACUCACCAGGCUACAUUCCAUUCUGUGCUGGCGGCAUUUGGGCAAGCUCAGCACCGCAUGCAUGAAGCACGAGAGAACCUUCCAAAGGACCUGCUGCGUACGUCUGUGGAUCUAGAGUCUGAUCCAAGAACAUAACAGAUCAAUGUUGGCUGCACUGGCUUGAGCCACCAUGACUCUAAAACUCAAGAGGAGGAACUGCUUUCCAUGUUAUUUGAAGGUGGAACAUUCGGUAGUUUGGUUUGUUUCCAGUUAAAGUUGGUCUAUCUACAUACGAUGCAGGCAAUGCUAAUAUUAUUGAGAAACUGUUAAUAGCUCUCAACCGGCCAACAUCUUAACCAUGAAGGGUCGUAUGUAUGAGUUGUGGUAAGUAAUGACAAAGCAUACCCAAACUUGAUUACGCCAAUCUACAGUACCUUCAUUAAUCCCAGGCAACAUGGUAAAAUAUACAUUGAAGAAGAUUCUUCAUGUAUAGCUUUGAGUGGAAAAAUGUCCUGUAGAAGACAGAGCUGAAAGUAUUGAGUUUAAUUUCAAGUCAUUGCUGGACAAGAUGAUCUCAGAAGCAUGACAAAUGAUAAAGCAAGUGGGAGAAAAAUAAAGUUUGAGUGGUUUACAACCACCAGUUUUUCACUCCUGAUUGCUGGCCCAAGAACACUUUAUAGAUGAUUAAACAUUUAAAUUGGUAUUACCUUCUGUCAGUGUUCACACCUGAAGAAUGGAAAGUUGGGAAAAAAUUGGCAGUUGAUCCCAGCAAAAAUCAUUUGAUGGAGAGGAUAAUUUGCAAAAGGUUUUCUAUGCUUGUACACUCACUUAGAUUACAAGAAGUCAAAAUGGUUGUACAGGACUUUUUUCUGGCAUAUGAACUGGCUUGAGGCAUCAUGGCUCAGAAACUCAUGGAGGAAUUGCUUUCAAAUGUUAUUUGAAGCUGGAACACUCAAUUAUUGGUUAUAUAGUUAGAAACUGACAAAUGUAAACAGUGCAAUGAAACUUUAAAUAUUCAACAUAUCAUUAUUUUCUGUUUGCUGAGAACCUCAAAUAUUUAGUUUGCCAAAAGCUACCUUGGACUUUCUGACUCUCUACAGAGUAACUGAUUUAUAGUUUUCAAGAAAAAGUGCACUAAAUCAGAAAAUGUAAUCUGAAAAAUACCAGCAUAAAUCUCUCUUUUAAAUAAAAUAGAAUUUGAUA